UGCUAUUCUUUAUCGUCACAAUUCUUCUAUACUUCCCAAAUACUUCCAGCAUAUUUGUGACUUACCUGAGUACCAAAGAAAACAUGGCUGCUGAGGCUAUCGUUAUUGAUGUUGUUGAGGGAAUACUAAAUCAACUGAUUCCACUGGUUACCGAGCAGAUUGGCCUUGCUUGGGGCUUCAAGGAUGACCUGACACGGCUUCGUGACUCAGUACAGAUGAUUCAAGCUGUGCUGGCUGAUGCAGAGAAAAGGCAAGUGGGAGAUGAGCGCGUGGGGCUUUGGCUGCAGAGGCUUAAAGAUGUUGCUUAUGAUGCUGAUGACGUGCUAGGCGAGCUUGCUUACGAGGAUCAUCGGCAAAAGGUUGAGAGCCAAAACCAAAUGAAGUGCAUGGUAUGGUUCUUUUCAAUUUUAAAUAGCAUUGCAUUCCAUUUCAAGAUGGCCAAAAAAGUUAAGACUAUUGUUGAUUCACUAAAAAGGAUUAAUGAUGAAGCAAAUGGAUUUGAACUUAUUAGAGCCGAAUCAAUAAAAGCUAAUCUUGAUACUACGCUAAACCGAGAGACACACAGGUUUAUUGAUAAUUCAGAAGUUGUAGGAAGGGAAGAUCGUGUUUCAGAAAUAGUGAAGUUGGUGACAAAUACAACUAGUCAAAAUCUCACAGUAAUUCCCAUACUCUCAGUAAUUCCCAUAGUAGGAAUGGCGGGUUUGGGGAAAACAACUUUAGCAAAACUGGUCUACAAUCAUGAGCUAGUAAAGAGUCAUUUCAAUAAGAAAAUAUGGGUAUGUGUCUCCGAUGAUUCUGAUGAAAAAAAGAUUUUAAGAGGCAUUCUAGAAUCACUUACACUUAACUCAAGUCAACUAGAAACAAACAAUGCAAUACUUGAGAAAAUUCAAAAAGAGUUGGGGGGAGAAAGAUUUCUUUUAGUACUUGAUGAUGUAUGGAAUGAAGAGUCAAUUAAAUGGGAUUCUUUAAGAAGUGGUUUGUUGGGAAUUAAUUCAAAUAUUGGAAACAUCAUUAUUGUAACAACCCGUAUUGACACUGUGGCAACAAUCAUGGGGACACUUUCUCCAUGUCACUUGGAAAAACUUUCAGACGAUGAAUGUUGGUCCAUAAUCAAGAAAAAAGUAUCUCUUAAUGAAAGUGUUCCACUAACUCUAGAUUUGGAGGAAAUUGGAAGGGAUAUUGCCAAAAAAUGUGGAGGGGUACCAAUAGCUGCAAAAGUCUUAGGAGGAAUGAUGUGUAAUAAAAAAGAGAAAAAUGAAUGGUUGGCAAUUCAAAAUAGUGGAAUUUGGAAUUCCGUAGAGGGCCAAAUGCUAUCAAUAUUAAAAUUGAGCUUCUAUCAUCUUCCAUCACCAUCUAUUAAACAAUGCUUUGCAUAUUGUUCAAUUUUUCCUAAAGAUUAUGAGAUUGAAAAGGAAAAAUUAAUUCAGCUUUGGAUGGCUGAAGGGUUCCUUCAACCAUCUCAAGGAAGUACUUUGGUGAUGGAGGAUAUUGGUAACAUGCAUUUUGAUAUUUUGUUAGCAAAUUCCUUAUUCCAGGAUGUGGAAAAGGAUGUAUAUGAUAAUAUUACAAGUUGUAAGAUGCAUGAUUUGGUACAUGAUCUUGCCCUCUCAAUUUCAAAAUUUGAAACUUUGAUUUUGGAGAAGGAUUCAUGGGAUGAUAUCAAUCAUGUACAAAAUGACAUCAAUCAUGUACAAAAUGACAUCAAUCAUGUACGGCGUUUAUUAAUCCAAUAUGAUGGGGAAAUAGUACCAAAAUUUCCACUUUCAAAUGACCACGUUUGGAGAAUGCGCACACUUGUUUCAGAAAAAGCUAUGCCUGGAAACGUAUUAUCAAAUUUUAAAAGCUUGCGUGUUCUAAAAUUAUCUGGGUAUCAGAUAACAGAGUUAUCAGACUCAAUUGGUUGCUUGGUACACUUGAGGCUUCUCCACAUCUUUCAGACGGACAUCAAAGCAUUACCAAACUCCAUCACCAAGCUCUACAAUUUGCAAACUUUAAGAAUUGAAUAUUGCUAUUAUCUCAAAGAGCUUCCAACAGAUUUAAAAGAAUUGGAUAACUUGAGGCAUAUUUAUGUUAAUUGUUAUGGUAACAUCCGAUCACCAAAAGAUAUGGGGAAUUUGAAAUGUCUACGAACAUUGUCAUUUUUCAUGGUGGGUAAAGGUGCAGGUGAGCAAAUCAAGGAAUUGGGAUGCUUGAAUCAGCUUAGUGGAGAAUUAGACAUCAGAAAUCUAGAGAAUGUGAGAGAUCAAGAAGAAGCUAGAAGUGCAAAAUUAGCAAUAAGGGCGAAAAUAAACCGGUUAAGAUUUUACUGGAGUAAAAGAUCAGAUAGUGAAGUCAACCACCAUAAUGAAGAAGAAGUGUUGGAAGGCCUCCAUCCUCAUCAAAAUUUGAAAUCCUUAACAAUUGAUGGCUUUGGUGGAAAGAAACUCCCAUCAUGGAUGUCGCUUUUUGACAAUUUGAUCCAGAUAUAUUUAUGUAACUGCAACAAAUGUGAACAAGUUCCCACCCUCGGGCAUCUACCCUGCCUUAAGGCUCUUGCAAUAUGGGGAAUGAAUGACGUGACAUGUAUUGGAGUUGAGUUUUAUGGCAUGUGCAGUAAUGUAUUGUUCCCGGCAUUAAGAACACUCACAAUUGGUAGCAUGCGGAGACUAGUGGAGUGGAAGGAUGCACUAGAGGAGGUGACAUCAGCACGUGUAGUGUUUCCUUGCCUUGAGGAGUUGACCAUUGUAGACUGUUCUGAACUGAGGAGUGCCCCAUGUAAUUUUCCGUUUCUACAGAAAUUAAAGAUUUCUGAAGUCUACGACAACGACUACAACACGGUUUUGGAAAGGAUUAGCAGCAAUCUUACUACACUCAAGUCCACCGAUAUUUCUGAAGUGAUUGGACAUAUUUUUGUGCCAGAGCAACUUUUCUGUAUCUCUCUCCAAUCACUCACGAUAAGAGAUUGUGAGGAACUUUUCAGUCCCUCGCAACCCCUCAUUUCCCUCGAGGAGUUGACAAUACGAAGUUGUCGUACGCUGAAGUGUUUUCCACGUAUACAAGGUCUACGCCGCUUGACUAUAGUAGAGUGUGGUGUUGAAGAUCUAACUACUCAGCUACAAUUAUGUACGUCUCUCUCACAAUUGCAUAUAGAAGAUUGUCCUGAUCUGAAAUCACUUCCAGAAUUACAAGAAUUCCAUUCUCUUGCCCAAUUAGAGAUCUACGAGUGUGAUAAUCUCAAAUCAAUUCCAAAUCUAGGAGAGUUGUGCUGUCUUACAAGAUUACAAAUUGAAGGUUGCCGCAACAUCACGCGUCUGCCAGAGGGGUCAUUAAAAUGCUUGAAGAGUUUGGUGAUUGGUUGGUAUUGUGUGGAGCUGGAUGUUUUUCCCAGUCUCAAAUUCAUCCAACACUCUCAUACGACGCUCAAAGAUCUAGAAUUGAAAGGGUGGGCUAAACUCAACUCUCUCCCGGGCGAAAUUCAACAUUUCACUGCUCUUGAAACUCUGCUUAUCAGUGGUUUUGGUGGAAUAGAAACUUUACCUGAGUGGUUGGGCAACCUUUCUUCCCUUAAAACACUCAAAAUUUGGUUCUGCAGUAACCUGAUGUAUUUGCCCACAACCACAACACGCCUCAUCAAAUUAGAAGAACUAGAAAUUUGGGGUUGCACCAAGUUAAAGGAAAGAUGUGCAAAGGGAAGCGGGGAAGAGUGGUUGAAGAUUGCCCACAUUCCAAAGAUAGACAUACGAUCAUCACCAUGGUAAUUUCCCAAUUUCAGCAUCCCCAGUCACAGGAAUAAUGUGGUUAUUCCGUGGUGAUAAUGCAACUGGGGAACGACCUGAAAUGCAUUAAUGUGCAAAAUAAGUUCGGGUCCAACGGAAGCAUCACUUUGUACUAUCAUCAUGCUUCUAAUCUAUCGCUGUUCCAAAGUAGCUCAAUGGUACAGUGGUUGCCGUUAACUGAUUGGUUGUAGGUUUGAAUCCUACAUGGGGAGAUUUGAUUCAUUUGCUUUUGACUGUUAUUGAGAGUGACCUGAGCUAUAGUUUUCAAAUUUUUGGUUGAAAUUUUGAUGAUCUUAAAGCUUUGCUGGACUGGUGGGACAACUUUGCCUUUCCUGAAUAGCUAAUUUCUGGAGCAAAUUAUGUAAGAAGCACAAUCCAUGCCAAUAGAGAUGCUCUCUGUUGUUAGUGAAGUGGAAGGUCUGCCAAAGUGGUUGGAAAUUUAUUAGAAUUUACAAAAAAAGCUGAAUAUUUCGUACUGUUUGCUGCCGGAGUGGUUAAAUGAUGGACAUAGACAAUCCAGGAAUUUUGUAAUGCCAGGGUUUUGAUUUGAUUCCUAUCUUGUUGAAGUUCAUUAAAAUUUUUGCAAGAAGCCAGAACUUCUACCAGCACUGGAUGUGGUGGAAUGCCUCGGUAAUUUAAAGAUGCCAGUUAUUUUUCAAUGUUCCAAUAAAAGGUCACAUUUGAUCCAUAGGCUCUCAAUCUAUUUCAUUCCCUUCAAACUUCAAACAGCUGACAAAGGAUUUGAGCAAAGCGCUGUGAAAUUCUAUCAUUUGACUUGUCUGUAAAUGACCUGUUUAAUGUCCCCAAGAAAGAGGAACAACCUGAGAUUCAAGUCAAAAGAGAGCAUCUUUUCAUUUUGUGUCUGAUAUCAAGUUCCAAAUUUUUGGUAAGCCAUCUUCGUUAUAACCUGUGUGAAAUUUCUGGUUGCUGGCUAAUUGGACUAUUAUUGUGUCUAUCUGCAAAUGUUUACAAGUUUACUCUGCAUGAUAGCUCUACUACCUUUGUCAACCAACAAAAUAUCAAGUGAGUCCAAGUUCUCCAGCUUUUACAUUCCAUCUCCUAUGUACUUAGCAAUGGAUCUUUUCUAAUAAAAUGAAUUCCAGUAUGUCAUACACCCAUUGAAUCUUAUUUUUUUCCUGGCUUAUGGUUGGUUAACCUAGGGACCUUUUUUUCACCAACAUCUGAACUUUACUGCACUCUAUGGUAUAUAUCUGCCCAAAUAAUUUCUUCUUCAUAUCUUUCUAGCUUCAAUUAAUGUCAGUUUUGUUCUUCUCUUCUUGUAAGCUUUUCCUUAAUGAAAGGGCCAAUUGUUUUGGAUGCUCCAAUUCAUGAACGUGUUGGAAGAACAGUUCUUAAUAGUAAGUAGAUAAGGGAAUGGCCACUCUCCCAUAAGAUUUUGAUGACUCCCCUAACCAAUUAGAAGAGGGCAAGAUCCAUGACAUACUCCAACAGUGUGGCAGGAUGGCAUAUUCCUGUUUCAAUUGGGCUGGUACAAUUACAAUGAACUUGCCACUUGAGAAGCUACACAUAUUCACGAGUAUGGUGGCUUCUUAAAAGCUUUUUGAAUUUCUGCAUUUUGAUUCCCAACAGAUCUUCCACCUAUCAAAUCUUAUUCGGUUAUUGUGGCCUCACCUAGAACCCUUUGUUCUAGUGACUUCAACACUUCAAUGCUUGCUAAGCCUUCUGUCCUUGUCAAUCUUGUUGUCUUAACUAAGAGGCCAACCCGUUGGGUGCUCCAAUUCAUACAAGAGUUUGAAGGAUACUAGCCUACAGUGACUGGAUAAGUCUUCUCUUCUCAGCAGUCUUGCUGUCUUAACUAAGAGGAUAUGCGGCUUGGGCGAUCUAGUUCAUUCAAAAGUUCUAAAAGAACUAGCCUACACUGCAUGGUUGUAGCUCCUAUACACUAAAAGCCUCACCGUCGGUGAUAAGUUGAAACAUGGUCCUGAAGUUGUCUGAUUUGCUACAAUCUCAACUAAAUUUAAACUUCACUUGUCGAAAGCUGAUGUCAAUAGCUGAUGCUCACUCCUUAGUGCUGUUCUGCUCUUCAAUUCGUUGGGCUGAUAUCUUGGAAAACAUCAAAAGCUAAUGGCAAUUGCAUCUGAAUUUGAAUUGUGGUGGUCAGUAGAGGAAUCAUUGCUGCAUGUAUAUAAGACUCCAAUCUGGAAAAUAGGUUACCUCAUCUGCUGCAACAAUAGAAUGAGUUCUCUAAGACCUGACUUAGAUACUAAAGCCUUGCAUAUGCAGUAGUACGCACUCAUCGUCUCGGCCCAACAUUUCUCAAGCUGUCAAUGUGGAAACCUAGUCACUAUGUGCAAGAUUAGGAUAAUGGUCAUUCACAAGUUAAUUGAGAGAUGAAUCUGUUGGAAGACAUUUAGCUGGAUAUGUUGAUUCAGACUAUGCUGGAGAAGAUCUGGAUAAUCUUUGUUCUACUCUGAAGCUAGAGGUUGACCUCCGGUGAGUUGGAGGUCGAUACUGCAGUCAACUAUUGUAUUAUUAACCAGUGAAGUGGAAUACAUGGCUAUGAUUGAAGCUAUCAAGGAGGUUAUUUGGCCAUGCGGUUUGACUGAGGACUUUGGGAAUCAUCAGGAGCAUGAUCUUGAAAAUUCAACAUAACUAGGAAAACUAUUUGACUUCGACAACUUUUAUAUAUAUGUUGCUUUAACUAAAGAGAGGGCUGCAGUGCUGUGCAACGAUUAGAGAGUAGAAAAACUUCUCUUUAGGUGAAGCCUUAAACUUUGUAUUUUUUAGAGAUUUUUUAGGGUAUAUUUGGGGUAUGAGUUUUGUGAAAGUGACUUUUUGCCUCUCAUGUAAUCCCCAUAUUUGAUUAGUGAAAUUUUCUCCACACCAUCACUCGAUGAUGUAGGCUAUUGUUGAACCAUGUAAAUCUUUGUUGAUUUUGUAAAUGUUUACUUUUCUUUUAGGUA